GUUUUGGUGUUUAAAACAUUUCUUAUCAUGUAGUUUUGUGAAGUGUAACAUUUAGAUUGAUUUUCAGGAAUCAUGGUGAGCUUAAAGAAAGAAAAGCAAGACGAUGUUGAUCAGGUCGAUCACAAUUCUGGAGUUGACUUCACUGCUAAUAGUGAUGUACUUGAACAUUCAAUACAUUAUGCAGUGGAUCUUUAUCUAGUCAGUGUUUCGGCUUCUUCUGUAUUAUUCUAUUGCUUACUGUUAAGUAAACCAGGCUAUUUUGUUCUCAAUGAGGAACAUUACUCUGAUGUACUGAAAAACUACCUGUCAUCAAACUUUUUGCUUGAUGAUAAUCCUCCUGGACUUCCUUUAGUGCUGUCUCUUAUAACUGUUCUUUUAGGUUUUGACAUCAACAACUCACCGAAAAGUGAUACUCUCAAACUUUUCUAUUGCCGACUUAUUUCAGCACUUGCAGGAAGUGCUGUACCACCCUUAGUUUACUUGAUAUUAAGAACAAUGAAGGUUUCUACUCUGAUCAGUACCUGUGGGGCUGUUUUAGUGCUAUCAAACUCAGUGUUGCUCACUGACUCAAGGUUCAUCUCUGCCAACCCCAUCAUGGCUUUGACUUCAUUGCUGGCUCUACAUUUCCUUUGUAAAACUAGAUCAGAAAAUUAUCCAUGUGUCAAGAAUUAUGUGGCAAUGUCAGUUUGUCUGGGUAUCUCGAUGACUAUGCUUCAUCUUGGAUUCAAUUCGUAUCUUUUCAUCGCUGGCUUUGUAGUAUACCAGGAAUUUCAAAGGUUUGGAGACCUCAGUAAGCCUGAAAAGGAGUUAUGGAUGAGAUAUCUGUGUGUUGCUGGAACAGUUGUAUUUUUACCCCCACUGCUCUAUUACAUGACAUAUUGGCACUUGGUCAGAAGCUGCCAUAAAUCAGGAGUAACAGAUCCGUACCUGUCAACUUCAUUUCAGGCCGAACUUGAAGGGAACGUGUAUCACAGUAUCAAGAACACAGACAAGACAUGGAUAGUGAACAAUAGCAACAUAAUGCUACACACUGAGGACCCAUAUCCAUGCUACCUUCACUCUCACCCAUUUGACUAUCCUUUAACAGAUGUUGAGCAAUCUUUUCAGCAGGUAACCUGUUACAGUGCAGUUGACGGAAAUAACUGGUUUAAACUUGAGGCUCCACCCUCAAUAAAUAAAGACGCUGCCCAUGUCAUUCAGCAUGAUGAUGUAGUGAGAAUGAAACAUUUGCUGACUGGAAAAUAUCUGACAGUGUUUGAUGGUGUCGAAGCAGUUUCCAACGAACUUGCAAACUUGGUAGCAGGUACGAGUGACGGGGAGGGUGAGAGCUGGUGGAUUGUAGAGAUAGUAGACGAGAAACAGUUUAGCGGGGGCUUGUGGGCUGCUAACUACACUCAUGUUAGAUUCAGGAGCAAUGUUACCGGCCACUAUCUCGUACAGACAGGUAUGCGACUACCUGAGUGGGGGUUUGAGCAGAUGGAUAUCGGAGGAGCAAGUAAUGCAGCUGCAGUGUGGACUGCUACUCACGCUCAACUUUCUAACUCACUUCAGGUUGAAGAGUUGAGAUCAACAGAGUACAGUUCGUUUAGUAAGGUAUUGGAGAUACACAAGAUAUUGUUUGUAACUGGGAGAUAUGAUCGUGUGAAGGAGCAUGCUUACAAUACCUCACCUUACACGUGGCUAAUACCAGGUCUGUCAAUGCUGUAUUCGUACACAAACAAGGAGAUUAUACAAGCUAGAAGCAACACCCUGUUAGAACAAGGCAUGCUUCUUUGUUUAUUUAGUCACAUCGCUGUGUUUACAUUGCUUCUUAUACGACGAGCUAGAGGCUUUGUUGAUGUAACUGAGGAAAUUUGGACGAAUCUCUGUGAAAGGAAUGUGGUUCUGUUGCUAGGAUUUCUGUUUCACUACUCAGCGUUCUUCUUCAUGCAACGACCUCUUUUCAUCUUCCAGUUCCAGUUAACCCAUAUCUAUCUGGUGAUGUCAUGUGUAAGUUUUGUAGAUCUACUUCUACGCCAUUUCGCACACCACCUGCUCUACACACUCCCUGUUUUCACUGCCUACACUGCUAUGGUGUUCGUUAGGUUUCUCUUUCACUUUCACUUCUCUGUUGGUUAUCCUGCUGAUGAGAACGAGUUCUUCCUAUUGGUGGAUUGAACAUUAUAUUUAGAGAACUGAACUGUGAAAACUAUUGUGGUGCUUGCAGGUACAGUAGAAUAAGGUGGAAUAAAAACAAUUUCUUUACAGCUGAAGAGAAAUUGUGCUUAACAAAUGUAUUAACACUUAACAGUUUAUUUGGAUAUUCGCACUUAAGAAGUUAGUUUACAGAUUGAAUAAUUUAUCUUUAAUAUUAAAAUAAUUGCCGUGCAUAUUUGUUUGAUAAUUUUGUUUAUGAAUUUAGACUUUUCUGUAUUAACAUAACGGAAUUUGUUGUUAGCUUAGUAGUUCAAAUGUGUAAACAGUAAUUUGUAUAGAAUUAUUUACUUGUAAGUGUAAUAUUGUCACUGAUAUUGAAGUUUUAUAAACACUAUUUAACAAUUUAUACUUCUCAUU